UUUGCUAUUUACAAAUAUUUAAAGGUCUCUCAAUGAAACUACUGCAAUUUGUAUUUGGAGAAUCAUGUCAAAUAUGAAUAGAUUUGAAUUACGAUAUUGUAGUAAAAUUUGUAACGGAAUCGUGACUUGAAUACAUAUAAAUUGGAACUAAAAUCUAAAUUAUUAUAAUUAUUAUAUUACUGCAUAUUUUAAACUGCUAACUGAAGUGUAAAGAUGUCAACAACUUAAGCAUUAAAUGCAAGUUGAUAUCAUGACUGGAAUAUUUCCUCUUCAUUACAGUCUAAAGAUUUUAAAUCAUUUUAAGUCAGAAAUAGAUGUUUACAUAACAUGAUAUAUAUAUAUCUAAUAAACGAUGUCUGGAUUAUCUGGCAUUGGAGUAUUCUGGGCGUUUUCUUCCUUUAUUUCUUCUGUCAUUUCGUGUGUUGGCUACUUUAUGCCUUACUGGGUAACAGGACAGAUGUUUAUUCAAAUCAAUGGUCAGACGGGUCAAUUCAUUCCAGUACAUUUUGGUAUAUUCCGUCGGUGUAACUAUCCGGCGAUAAAUGCCCGAGGUGAACUUACGAUUGUAUUGGAAUGUGGACGGUACACGACAUUUACGGACAUUCCGAGCACGUCAUGGCAGAUAGCCACUAUUGUGAUUGGGGCUGCAUGUGGGAUGUGUUUACUUGUUUCGCUGACGGCAAUGUUUGGUAUCUGUGUGAAGGGCGUGGUUAUCCCAAUGGUAGCGCUCUUGGCUAGGAUUCUUCAGAUGUGUUCAGGUUUAUUAAUGGCUGCCGGUGUGAGCAUAUAUCCAAAUGGUUGGGAUAGCCCCGAGGUGCAGCAGGCCUGUGGGAAUAUUUCUAAAUCGUAUCAUCUAGGUGAAUGUUCACUAUCUUGGUGUUUCUACAUGACAUGUGCAGGAAUAGGAGUUACCCUAAUGUGCUCAGCUCUCGCUUUCCAUGCGCCUAAAGAAAAAUAAGUCAUUACCAGAUAUUAAAAGAAAUGAUGCAGCACAUUUGCUUCUCACAAAACUUUGACAUAAUUGAUCUCAAAAAUAUACCUUCAAUAAAUCUGAAAAAACAAAAUGUUACAUGUUGACUGAAGUGCACACGGAGAUUAACAAAAGAAAUGAUAUAUGAAUUGUUUGAUAAACAUUUCUGUGUUCAAGAUUAACAUGACGGGAUUCAAUGAUGUGAUAAACUUGACCUGUAUUCGCGCUAGCACAAAAAUGUCAUGUUAUUUCGUAAAGGGUUCAAAGCGGAAAAAAAGUACAAUUACAUUCCUGAAAGAAGAAAUUUCGGUCUGCCACGUCAGUAACAGGUUAUGGGCUUCAAAAUCCAGCCACUGUCAAUAGUGUGAAACUUGUGAAUUAUUUUCUGUGAGAAAAAACGUUGUAAAUGUUGGAUCAGAAAACAAUGAAAUAAUUGCUUAUACUAAUUCCUUUCCAUGGUGGGGUUGGCAUAAUCAUCAUUGCACUUUUUUCGAGCGGAAAGUAAAUGUAAAUUAGUGAGAGUAGUAAUAAACUGAAAAUCUUGUAAACAUUUAGAACAUUACGUUUACAUUUUGCUGUCAAAGUUACUAAUGUUUGAGCAUUUUCUGAAACGUCUCAGUGAAUUUCAAUGUGACCAUUUUUGAUAAAAUGAAUUCAUUUUCACUGUAUGAGAUGGAAUUUAGAUAUCGUAUAUCAUUAUAUUAAAACAAAAAACUUCAAUAUUACAUUGAAAAUUGACAUAAUGAAGUAUGUGAAUAUGAAAUAAAAAAAACAA